UCGACCCGGGGCUGAGAGGGCGGGGUUUCCAGUGUGGCGGCGGAGCCCAAGGCCUUGCCGAUUCCCGGCCGCGCGCAGGAAACUGGCGAAAGGAGUUCCUGAGCCCGCGAACCUGCAGCGGAAGUGGAAGGAGAACGCCCUCAAGUGUCUGGAGCUCAGAGAUGUGGCCCAGGGGAGGGAACUGUGGCUAGUUAAGGAGGACAUGCUUGAUGUUGCUUCCAGAUCCCAUGUCAACACCGAGUCCUCAGCUGCUGGUGGCAGCUGCUCAGCAGACCCUGGGCAUGGGAAAGAAACGGGGCCUACCCCGCACUGUCUGCCUUCAUCUGUCUGGAGAGGUACUGGCUGUGGCCCGGGGACUGAAGCCAGCUCUGCUCUAUGAUUGCAACUGUGCAGGGGCAUCCCAGCUCCAGAGCUUUCUGGAGAAGCUGCAGGGCCUGGGCUUCCUGACCCAGGGACUUCACAUCCUUGAGAUUGGAGAAAACAGCCUGAUUGUCAGUCCUGAGCAUGUAUGUCAGCACUUGGAGCGGGUGCUGCUUGGUACCAUAGCCUUUGUGGAUGUUUCCAGAUCCCUACCUCACCCUUCUGUCCGCUCCCUGGACCAGCUUCAGGACUUGAAGUCCCUCAUAGCUGAGAUCAUUAUGCACUUACAGGGGAUGCAGAGGGACCUAUCCGUGGCAGUAUCCUGCAGCAGGCUUUGUUCCUCAGACUGGAAUCUCUGUACUGUAUUUGGGAUCCUCCUGGGCUAUCCUGUCCCCUAUACCUUUCACUUGAACCAGGGAGAUGACAACUGCUUAGCCCUGACCCCUCUACGGGUGUUCACUGCCCGGAUCUCAUGGCUACUUGGUCAACCCCCAGUCUUGCUCUAUUCUUUUAGUGUCCCAGAGAGCUUGUUCCCAGCCCUGAUGGACAUUCUAAACACUUGGGAGAAGGACCUUAGAACUCGAUGUAGGACUCAGAAUGAUUUCACUGACCUCAGCAUCUCCUCUGAGAUAGUUACUCUGCCAGCUGUAGCCCUCUGACUAACUCCCGUGUAGAAGGUACUCAGUAAAUAAUUAGCUGUAGAUCAGGGAUGGCAAAUAGGACUCCUCUCCACUGCCAAUGCCGAGUGUCUUGAGAACACUAGAGAAGAAUGCUGUCAUCAACAUGCGAUGGGCCUGGGAACAGGUGGUGGUGGUGGCAGUAUUGGUAAUACAUACUUGCCGUUUCUACUAGGGAGUCCUCCUGACUUAGCUGAGAUGUCUAUUCCUUUUUCACUGGAUAGGAGAUAAAAGAAAGAUUGCGGAGAAGGGUGGUGGAGGACAAGUAGUACACUCUUGUAUACUGUCUGUGGUAUGGUAUGGUAGCAUUGUAAAUACACCUACCUUGUGUGGGUAAUAUCUGCCAGAAAGU